CAUUGAGGCAGGGCAGCCAUGGAAGAGAUGAUGUCUUCUUGCUCCUCCUCGUCCAUUCUGCCAUUCGCUCAAGAAAGCCCGCCCACUUUCCAACAACGGCUUACUUUCCUCAUCCAAACCCGACCCGAAUCAUGGGCCUACGCUAUCUUUUGGCAGGCCCAGAAGGACGGCGACGGCCGGGACGUCUUGGCGUGGGCCGACGGCCACUUCCGGGGAACCAAGGCUCACCUCGGACCCAAACCCGCCAAGUUUGGAUUUGACCCAGACAGAAAGAAGGUAGUCCCCCGGGAAAUCCAAGCUCUCUUCUGCGAUGACGGUUUUAUCGACGGCGACGUCUCCGACUGCGAGUGGUUCUACACCGUCUCGCUCACCAAGUCCUUCAAUGGAGGAGACGACGUCGCCGGGCGGGCAUUCAGCUCCGGCUCAGUCAUCUGGCUCACCGGAGACAACGCCUUCCAGUUCAACAACUACGACAGAGCUAAAGAAGCCCAAAUGCAUGGGAUCCAAACCCUAGUUUGCGUCCCUACUGCCGGCGGGGUGGUAGAAUUGGGCUCGCCGGACUCGAUCAAUGAAGACUGGAUCCUGGUUCACCUCGUCCGAUCCCUUUUCGGACCCGACUCGGUUAACUCGGUACCGAGACAGCCCGUCAUCGCCGGCCAAGAUCCGGUUCUCUUCGUCCGUAACCAAGUCAAACCGUUUCAUGACACUGCAGUCGAUCAUGAAAUUAAGCACCUAGAAGACGCGAAAAUGGGCGGUGCAAAUCUGGCGGGCCGGUCGUCCUCCGAAUCUGGGCCUUCGGACUCGGACGGCCCGUUCCCGUCGACGACGACCGCGAACACGGUAGUCACACGACCCAAGAAGAGGGGCAGGAAACCGGCAGUGGGGCAGGAAGUGCCGGCGAACCACGUGGAAGCGGAGCGGCAGCGGCGGGAGAAGCUCAACCUGCGGUUCUACGCGCUGCGGGCGGUGGUUCCGAACGUGUCGAAGAUGGACAAAGCGUCUCUCCUCGCCGACGCAGUGACCUACAUCAACGAGCUCAAGGGCAAAGUGGAGGAGCUGCAGGCGAAGCUGAAGGAGGAUUCUAAGAAAAAUUCAAAGCACUGCGUUAUGAUCAACAAUGCAGUGUUCGAUAAUAAUAACAAUAAUAAUAACGAGAGCUGUAGUACUGUGGGUGAUCAUACGACCUCGUUGAGAUCGUCGAGUGGAGGGAGAAUGAGUGGUAGUGGUGGUAAAAUUUGGAAGGAGGUGGAAGUGGAUGUGAGGAUAUUGGGGACGGAGGCGAUGAUAAGGGUGCAGUGUGCGGACGUGAAUUAUCCGUCGGCGAGAUUGAUGGGGGCGCUGAGGGAGUUGGAGUUUAGGGUUCACCAUGCGAGCGUGUCGAGGGUGAAGGAGCUGAUGCUUCAGGAUGUGGUGGUUGGGGUUCCUGAAGGAAUCUCUGAGGAAGCUGUCCGAGCUGCCAUUCUCACUAGACUCCAAAUCUGAUCUUGCUUCAUCAUCCAUCAUCAACUCUCUGUCUCUCUCUCUCUCUCUAUAUAUAUAGCUAGGUUAAGUUUCUCUUUGCCCACAUUGAUCCUCCUCUCUUCUUCUUCUUGCUAUGUAUUUUGAUAUAUAUAUCUGUGUGUCCUCAGUAAUUUAUAAAAAAAUAAAAAAAAAAUUGUAAACUAAAUGUUGAAAUGCA